CUAGGUAUUUACAUAAUUCAACAGAUCCAUUUUCAAAAAUUACGCAGCUCUUCGAUCGUUCUCCGAAUAAUUUGUACAUAAUUAUCGGUAUACUACACUACAUACAUAGACCAGUGCCGUACUUAACAUAUCUCUACCAACAAUGUCCCUAGCUCAGGAGUGGGAAUCCUACAAGACACCUCCCGUCAAGGAUGUAGCACCAGUUCCGCAAGUCGGCUCUCCAGCUCCCGCACAUCCCAACCUCACCCUCCCAACAGACAAGCCCACCGUUAUCGUCUUCCUCCGCCAUUGCGGUUGUCCAUUUGCAGAGAAGGCCUUCAAGAACCUAACUUCGAUAUCGACGCAAUACAAAGACGUGCACUUCGUCGCGGUCUCGCAUUCCUCGCCCGAGGCCACGGAGCGCUGGGUUAUAGAGGUCGGCGGCAACUGGGAGGUGCAGGUGGUCAUCGACUACGAGCGCGAGCUGUACGCGCACUGGGGUCUGGGCAUCGGGACGACGUGGCAGAUCAUGGGCCCCAUGUCCUUGUACAAGACGUUCCGCCUGGGCAAGGACGAGAACAUCUGGAACCGCGCCACCGAGAGCGGUAAUAGGUGGCAGACUAGCGGUGCUUUCGCCCUCGACCAGGACGGCAUCGUGAAGUACAGCAGGGUCGCUGCGUCCUCUAGUGAGCUCCCAGACCUGGAGGCUGCCCUGACGAGUCUUGGCGUAAAAGUCAAGCCGAAACCGCCGCCGGAGCCGAGGACGGACGGGUUCUUGUAAGUGGGAAGUUAGGCAUGAUGCUCGUGAGAAAGAUAGUGUCCUACGUCCGGCAGUCUAGGGCUGGGGUGUAUUGGAUGCUUGCUAUGGGCAAUACUACGAGUUGUUGUUGUUGUUGUUGUUGUU